AUGGCUGCUGCAUCCUUCGUUACCUACCUCGAGACGCCUAGAGAGUUCCGGCUGCUGGGGUUCCGGGCGCCGCCGCCGUCUCCGGUCACCGGCGUUGUGACAAACGGUGGCUCUGGAUCACCUGAGUACGGUGAGUGCCCCGACGGCAACGAAGAUGACGAGGUCGGCAGGUUCCUGCGUCGCUCCGCCAAGGUCCCGGUGCUGCGGCUGCCGGAGAGGGCCAUCCCGCGGAAGAAGAAGAAGAGUGAUAAGGCGGCGUGGGCUCCCCCAGUCAUCGACAUGCGCCUGCUGGACACGCCGGAUGGCAGUGGUCCGGUGGUGGAGGCUCUGAGGUCGGCGGCCGUCGCGUUUGGCUGCUUCCAGGUGGUUGGCCAUGGGGUCAAUUUGUGCCUGGUCUCUGCUGCGGCGGGGAGGGCGAGUUCGCCUACGCCGGAGGAGGCCGGUGGAGAAGAUGGUGAGGAGCUGUGGUGGUCACCGAGCGAAGGAGACCAGUUGAGGUGCGAACUUGCCCAUUUCGUCGGAAGGCAACUAAUCAAAGGACUCUAUAUGAUGCUAACCCCUGGUUUUGCCGUGUCCAGGAACGGGGCAGCCGAUCUGUUCACCCAGCUGGAGCAAACCGCAGCCAAACUGGUGGAUGCCUUGCAGCGGGACAGCGUUGGCGCCACCAUGGUCAGAGCUGACAGGAACGGCUCGCAACUCUGCAUCCGCACGCACCACGGCCGGCAGUGCGAUAUCGGCCCUAUCACUAUCAGCCAGGACGACAUCCUGAGGAUGCUGAUCAAGAGCUCGCGCUGCCCGCGUGCUCUCGCUCUCCACCUCUGCCCCGGCGCCUCCACGUUCCACGUCUUCUCCCGGCAGCGGGGAUGGUCCAGGUUCCGCCCCCUCGGUGGCGCCGUCGUGGUCACCGUCGGAGACCAGCUUCAGGUGACGCACCAGUCUCUUGAGCGUGACCCUUUUUUCAGACGAAAUCUGGCCGAUCUUGCAAAUGCACGCUGCAUCAUCGCAUGGAGCAGUGGACUCUACAAGAGCGUGGCCGGGAAACCGGCUUACAGCGACGGCGAUCUCCGAGCAGAACGCGGCUGCGACGUCGUCUCGGCGGAGUACCUCCACACCUGCUCUUCGGCUAGCAUGGAGAGCGAGCCCCUGGACGCGGAUGCCGGGAAGACCAUUCAGUUGAAUGUGCAGAUCAUUGUAGCAGCUUGCCUUGUGCUCCUUUACUACUUUCUCCUGUCAUGCUUGUAUACGAUUUGGUCUUGA